AUGGAGGUUGAUUUAACUAUAAAAGAACGUUUAACAAAAGCUAAUCAAACUCAUUUACUUGCCUAUUGGUCUGAACUUAAUAAUGAACAACAACAAACAUUGUUACAUGAUAUAAAUGAAAUUGAUUUUGAUCGUGUAACAAAAGCUUAUAAUAGUAUUAAACAAGAAUUAUUAUCAGAUACAACCAAUUCAAAUAAAGAGAUAAAACAAGAAUGUAUUGAUGAUAUUAUGGAACCAGUUCCUGACACUGUUACUGGAUCUAUUAAUGAAACAACUAAAGAACAAUUGGAAAAGUAUCGUCAACGAGGUUUAAAAGCUAUUGCAGAAGGUUCCGUAUGUGUAUUACUACUCGCUGGUGGACAAGGAACUCGUCUUGGUGUUGAUUAUCCAAAAGGAAUGUAUGAUGUUGGUUUACCAUCUAAGAAAACAUUGUAUCAAAUUCAAGCUGAACGUAUUCGUCGAUUAGAACAAUUAGCUAAUGAAGAAUUUCAAACAACUACAUCAAUUAUUCCAUGGUUUAUUAUGACAAGUGAACAUACUCAAGAACAAACUGAAAAAUAUUUACAUACAAAUAAUUAUUUUGGUUUAAAUCCAAAUAAUAUAAUUCUUUUUGAACAACAUUUAUUACCUGCAUUAGAUUUUCAAGGAAAAAUUUUACUUGAUGAUAAAUAUAAAUUAACAAAAGCAGCUGAUGGCAAUGGUGGUUUAUAUCGUGCAUUAACAACGAAUAAAAUAUUAAAUGAAAUGGAAAAACGUCAUAUUAAAUAUAUUCAUGUUUAUUGUGUAGAUAAUAUUCUUGUUCGUCUAGGUGAUCCAGUUUUUAUUGGAUUUUGUAUAGAAAAAAAUGCUGAUUGUGCAGCAAAAGUAGUUAAAAAAGCAUUUGCAAAUGAAGCUGUUGGUGUUAUAUGUAAAGUACGAGAUCGUUAUCAAGUUGUUGAAUAUUCUGAAAUUUCAGAAAAAACAUCACAAAGAAAAAAAUCUGAUAAUAAUGAUGAAUUAUUAUUU